UCUCUUUCUCCAUCGCGGACUCCCCCAGUUCAUCAUUCACCUCCGCCCAACCCCCUCCCACCCACUGUAGUUCACGCAGUCGCCGUAGCUCUCGCCCUCAACCCACGACACCCACUACCUCAUUACCGCUCCCACUAUCCCAAUUGCCAGAGCGCACUGCCAACCGCCACAAUGCCCGACAUCAAGCGCCAGGUCAAGCUCGUAACCACCCAGAGGGUGAUACAGGAAGAUUCGGGUGUGGAGGGCUUUCCCAUGCGCUCAUGGAGCAUCGAAGUUUGGCUGCUGGACGACCAAGGCCAUGAAGUCCCCGCGACCGUGUUUGAGAAGGCCACCUACAACCUGCAUCCUACAUUCGAGAGGCCUAAGCAGACUUUCAAGAAACCACCCUUCCGUAUCGACGAGAAGGGUUGGGGCGAAUUUGAUAUGCAAAUCGUCCUCACUACGAUUUCCAAGGGUGGUGAACAUACUCUGGACCACGACCUCAACUUCCAGAACGAACGCUAUGAGGCCAAACAUACGGUCACCUUCCGGAACCCGAAGCCGGAGCUCCUGGCCGCGCUGCGGGAGUCUGGCCCAGCUGGCGAUGAGAACGGCGUGAGAGGUCGGAAGGAUGACCCUAGAAAGAAGAGCCGGAAAGAGAAGAACGUCGACAUGGAGAAGUUGGCCGAUGGUCUUCAAAAGCUCAGCGAAGACGACUUGCUGCAGGUCGUCCAAAUGGUCCAUGACAACAAGUCCACCGAUACUUACACCAAGAACGACGUCGAGAACGGCGAAUUCCACGUCGACCUCUACACCCUUCCGGAUGCUCUCGUCAAGAUGCUGUGGGACUUCACAGCUUCGAAAACGGACCUAUAGACUUUGUCCAAACUCGAUCAGCUGCGAUACUCAUUCAGGAUACGGAUAUCUACAUCGACCAUGAACAGGGGUGUUUGGCGCGGAGCGUGUCUUUGCCUAUGAAGGGAGUGCUUUCGAUACCUUCAUUCAUGACAAUGCACUCGAACUUGGGCACUACAAUGGACUUCCGCUUGGGCAACAUACUAAGGUAGGCUGCUAGCUCUCUUUGGGGUUCAUAUUGGCUAUCUGGGUCGGUCUCCUUUUUCUUUUUCGUUCAUCAAUACUCCUGCUUGAAGCGCUGGAGUUUGGAAAUGGCUAAAAUGGGUCCCCCUCUACACCCACCCACG